CGUCGGUGUGGUUUACACGUGAAGCAGGCAGCAUGGCAGAAGCUGUAGCGGUUCCGUUGGACCGUGCUCAGGUGAAAAAGGCCGUCCAGGCUCUGCAGGCUUUUCUGAAAACCAAGUCGACCCAGGACUCUCUGUUCUUGGACGACUCUCAGCAGAUCAGCCUCCUGUUCACCCUCUGGAAGAUCCCCCGGCAGGCUCAGACCAUCCGCAUCCCCCUGCCCCACGGCCAGCGGCCUGACACAGACGAGGUGUGCCUCUUCACCAGAGAUGAGCCCAACAUGACAGCACAGCAGACACAGAGGUUUUAUAAGAAGCUGCUGGAGGAGAGAGGUGUGAAGAACAUCACUGAGAUCAUCCCGUACAAGAUCCUGAGGACCGAGUACAAACCCUACGAAGCCAAGCGCCGCCUGCUGGGGAACUUCGACAUGUUCCUUUCUGAUGACCGCAUCCGCCGGCGGCUGCCGUCCCACCUCGGAAAACAUUUUUACGAGAGGAAAAAAGAGCCGCUGUCCGUGAACCUGCAGAGCAAACAUCUGGCCAGAGACAUAGAGAGAGUUAUCCAGGGCACCUUCCUGAAGGUCACCAACAAGGGCUGCUGCUGCAUGGCACGCAUCGCCCACGCCGGCAUGACUGCAGACGAAGUGACGGAAAACAUCGAGGCUGCCGUCCAAACAGUGGUGUCCAAACUGCGCACGAAAGGACCGGUGCUGAAGCUGAUCCACAUGAAGAGUCAGACAUCAGUGGCUCUGCCUAUCUACACCUCAGACCUGCAGCAGCUCAGCGUGCUGGAUGAGGAGCAGGAACAGGAACCCAAGAAAAAGAGAGGUAAAGCCAAAAAGAUAACGAAGAAGAACCAGACAGAGAACAAAAAGCAAAGCAAAGCAAACAAACAUUCCACCGCGGAGGGAGAGGACGAAGCGGACGAGGAAGAAAUCCCGCAGCUGGUUCCCAUAACAACACCCAGCAAAAAGCCCAAACUGGAGAAACCAUCAAAAAAGAAGCGGUUAGAGAAGGCACCCAAACCUGCUGCAGCAAAGAAGGGAAGUAAAACGCCAAACAAACUGGUAAAGAAGGCAGGCAAGACCGACUCCAAAGUCAAAAGAAAAGUUCCUAAAGUAAAAUGAUCAUCUGUAAAGGAUCUUUGCACAUCUUUACCCUCGCAACAUGGACAUUCAACACAGAACACAGGACCCGUUCACAAAAUGUUCAGUCUGUUUUUUUCUUUGUUUGAUUAUAUAAAGCAGAUUAUAAACCUUAUCUGAAAUUA